AUGAUGCUCGUCGCCAGGCGACACCGUCGGUGCAUCCAGCCGCUGCCGCUGCCGCCGCCGACAACGAGCAACGGUUCCUCGCAGCCGACGGAGCUCCCGGAGGAGUUUCGCCUUUUCUCCGAUGCACUGUUUAGGAAUUUGAAACUGGCGAAGACGUUCAGCAUCGUCGUCGGCGCCUUCUUCGUCUGCUGGGCUCCAUUCUUCGCCGUGAUGCUGCUGAGCGUAUUCGAUGUGCGACGGGAGCCGCUGGGCAUGCUCCGCGGGGUGGGAACCGUGAUGGCCUGCUGCAACUCGAGCGUUAACUUCUUCGUCUACGCCGGAAGGAGCGAGGCAUUCCGCAGGGCGUUCAGGGCGGUGUUGCCCUCACGCGGCGGAAACUAG